AUGUAAAUUUAACACGUUUGCACGUUUACACGUUGCGCGUGUACGCGUGCGUGAGUGUAAUGAUUACCUGGGUGUUUGAAGGUGCUCUUUGGCAUUUUUUUUUGGCACUCUUUCUUUCCUUCCUUUUUUCUUGUUUUGUUUUUGGGGGAAAGUUAUCGGACAGGUUAUUAUUUCCUCCUCUCGAACACUAAAAGAAAGCAGUUGAAAAGAAAGCGAGAAAGUGAGUUGCUGUCGAUCUACCUGAGCUCGGAAUGCAGGGAUGGAUGGCAACACGCAAAUCCAGCUGGACGCCCCCAAGAAGACUUCAAGGAUGCUAGGGACUCUCCGGAAUAGUGGCCGAUUGAAAAGUCCGCUCUCCCCUCAAGCUGGGAGUUUCAAGAACCAGUCGCCAUCUACGCCAGACAAAAUGUCACACUCUCCUGGCGUUACUUCGCCGCUGAGUAGCGUGGCAGCGCUUUUCCGCACUAAAGACCUCGAUGACCAGUCGCAGGAAGAUAAACCCGUGGUGCGUUCAAGGACAGAACCCAACAUGCCCCGCCUGGACUCGAUCCUGAAGAAGGGCGCGGCCAUUCGUCGCAGCCUGAGAUUCAGCUCCAAGAAGGACAAACGACAGGAUGCUGUCCAGGAGGCCGAGGAAGAAGGCCAGGCAGAGGAGGAGAAAGAAGAGGAGGCGGAAGAAUCGUGGGCAAAGAUUGAGGAGACAUAUACGCUGGCGGAAUUGCCGCACAUUCCUCUGUCGGUCAUGCAGAUCAACAAGCUGAUUGAAAUGGAGGUCCUGGAGGAGGCGCACCUUCACCUGCUGGCCCUGCGGGGUGAGUUUGAAAGAGAGCGUCUGCGCCUGACCCAGGAGGACUCCCCUGUGGAGCUGGCAAAAAAGGAGAAGGACCUCAGCCUCCUCUACAGCAACCUACGCCUCAAGAUGGCCUCUAUCGUGCGCACCUCCGUCUCAUUACCCGCCAGGAACGCGGGGCUGCUGGUUCACGUGGCCCGCAUCAUCCAGGAAGAGGACAAGAGAGCCCGGGAACCCGGCGGCCUCCAGGGGAGCUGGAUGGACGCUUGGAGGGAGGCGGUGGACCAGGGUGCUCAGGACAAGGUGGAGGGCGUACACCUGGAGUCCACGAACCACAGUAACGCCUCAUGGCUGGCAGUCCACCUGGGCCUUCUGGGCACUGCGGUGGUGAACGAUCUGGAGAAGGUGAAGAAGGAGCUUUGCCGCUGCUACCCGCCCAGCUUCCAAGUCUUUGCCACCUACGUACGCAGCUACCACGCUGCCGUUUGCCGCCACCUGUGCACGCUGGAGACCCGCGCAACACUCCUCCGUGACCUCUACGCCCUUCUGGAUUGGAUCUUGCACCGCUACCGCAGUGAGAGGAUCUUGGGAAGUCUCACCCUCCAACCCGAAAUGAGCGACAUUGACGCCAACAUGGACUUGGACGACAACUUCCUGCUAAGGCUGAGGCAGAAGUUCUGCGACACUGUUAAGGUGGACAUGAGAGCGUUUUUGGAUCGUCUGGUGGAGCUGGAGAACGAAGAAUUGUGGAGCGUGAGGAAACGCCCCGACAUGGAUGACGACCACAUGUUUACCUCCGACUUUAGCAUGGACAUCUGCACGAAAGUGAGAGGAAAUGUGGUGAACGCCAGCCGUUUGAACGCCGAGCUGGAAGGAGAAGUGACAGCUUCCUGCCUUGGCCAGCUGAAGGAUUUCCCCAUGAGAUUCGACAACGAGUUCCGACGCUGUUGCUCGUCCAUGCGCGCUGAUGAGCCACUCUGGAGCGAAUAUUGCAUCUCUUACGUAAACUCCUUCAGUGCCUUACAGCGCCAUUUGGAGGAUGAGUACGCUGAGUGCAGCCCGCUAGCGGUGGAAGAGGUGGACAAGGAGGUGCAGCGUGUCAUCCUUGGGCUCCUGGAAAGCGUCCAAGAGCAGUUCAAGGAUGACGUCAAGCCGUUCUUGCGGAGAAUGAUGACGAGAAAAUGGCUGACCAAUGACGAUGACUUUAAAGGCCUUGCCGCUCGAACCGAGAUUCUGGCGCAGCACUGCCAAGCCAUGAGGCAGCCACACCGUCAGGAGAUGGCGAGCCGGGCGCACUACCACGUGGUGAAGGAGUACGUGGGCCAGCUGAUGAAGAACAACUUCUCGUGCAAAAAUCGGCAACAUGACAAGGCGGCAUCAAAGAUUCGAACGCAGAGCUCCCGGCUGGCCGACGUCUUCCGGCAAAUGGGAUCGCGCGAGGAGUGGCUGGACCCGGUCGGCGAGUGCCUGAGUGACAUCGUGGGCCAGAAGAACAAAGGCGACAUCAAAGACCAACUUCAGCCGCUACUUCAACAAUACUCCGAUUUCAGCUCAAAGCACCUAGCGGCUGUGCUGGCCUUCCGCGGCGUGAUGCGCGGUCGCGAACAUCAGCGCAUCCUGCUGAGGCUCAACCAGCUGAAGAAGACCACGCCCUCUGGCGAACCUGACGACCGAGACCGCGCUCUCUUCCGUGACAUGGAGGCCACGGUCCGCACAGACUUCCUGUCUGACCUCUCCUUCUUCUGCUUCACUUUCAUCUUACCGGCUGACUAAUUGGAAUUGUAAUCCUAAAAGGCUGCCGUUAACGGCCAUAGUUCAAACUUCAGUAAAAUUUUUGGUUUUACUGGAGUAAGAGUAGUGUUACUUCAAGGUAAUAUUACGGAAAAAAAAAAAGUAACAGUAGUCAUCCAAAAAAUUCGCUUCAGUACAUUUAAAAAGUAUUCGGUGAAAAGAAUACUCAAGUAAUGAGUGCUUACAAUAUAUGACUUUUUUUUUUCUUAAACAAUGGUGUAUAUUUUUCUCAACACCAAGUCAUCUAUGUAUAUGAUCCGUCUUUAUUAUCCAGUACUAUAACCUAUAACAUGACCAUACAAGCCAAAAAAUACACAAAAAUAAUUGAUUACAACGAAAACAAUCUACAGGUAUAAAACAUUAUCCGACCAAAGACCACACGUGCCCUCUCGUAGAGGAAAUAUUUCCUACCAUGAAAUUUAGGUGAUCAUAUCUCUGGUAUUCCGUGGUCUAUCGGUGCCAAAUAAAAACUGGGAGAGAGGUUGGAAUCCGCGCUUUCCAGUAAUGUUGACGGUAGUGCUCAUUGUCAAACUGAUAAUUUUUGACGGUGCUUUAUUGGCACCAUAUUAUUGAACAAGCCGAUAUAGAGUUUUGGUGCACAAACUGUUUAGGAGUUCCUGCAUAUCACACUUUUCACGCGACUGUAUGCGAUUGGUUGAGGAGUUAUAAUGCACUCAUGUAAAAGUAAGUCUUGAACAUAUCUGACAACCCAGACACAUCUUGUACAUGCUAAAUUGUUAAUACUUGUUUUUAUUACUUGAUUUUGAUUAAAAAAUUUUUUUUUUUUUUUAAACAAGGCACUUUUCAAAGAGCGCAUUUAGCAAUGGUGCACAUUUCCAGUUUAAAAAGGUCAAAUAGAGUAAUAAAAACAUGUUAGCAUGUAGCUACAAGAUGUGUUCGGAGCGCAUUCUUAAUCAGGCACUCCUAAAUGAGCGCGUUGUAGCGGAUGAUGUUGAGUCCUGAUAGCUCGUUGAGUAGACGUUCGUGUUGUCCGGCUGCUUGUGACACUCUUCUGACUCUGUUAACUCUAGAGUGUCUGUGCCUUUUUAAACGAGCAGCAAUGUUCUUUUUAGACAGCAGUGGCUUCUUCCGUGGAGUCAUCCCAUGAACACUAUUCUUGGCCAUAGUUUUACAUAUAGUUGAUGUGUGCACAGAGAUAUUGGACUGUGCCAGUGAUUUCUGUAAGUCUUGAGCAGACACUCUAGGGUUCUUUUUUAGCUCUCUGAGUAUUCUGCGCUGAACUCCUGGCAUCAUCUUUGGUGGACGGCCACUUCUUGGGAGAGAAGAAACAGUUCCAAACUUUCACCAUCUGUAGACAUCUUCUCUUACUGUGGAUUGAUGAACAUUCAGACUUUUAGAGAUGCUUUUGUAUCCUUUUCCAGCUUUAUACAAACCAACUAUCCUUGAUCGCAGGUCUUCAGACAGCUCUUUUGACCGAACCACAAUGCACAUCAGACAAUGCUUCUAAUCAAGACAAUUCUUACCAGGUGUGCGUGUGUGUUUUAUAGUGGGCAGGGCAGCUUUAAACCACUCAUCAGUGAUUGGGAAAACACCUGACUUAAAUUGUUUGGUAAAAAUUGGUUAAAAAAAAAAAAGAAAAAGAAAAAAAAAAGAGACUGUGUUAAUAACAGCGUUAUUUUUUUCAGUAGUGACUCAUGAGUAUUCUAAUUACUUUUCUCAUCUUGGAUAGGUUUCAAUUGCUCUUCAAGUCUCCUUGGGCAGAGGGUUUACUUAUUUUUCCUCCUUCUGUCAUUGUUUGCAUGCUAUCCUCAUUAAAAUAUGAAAACCAACAAAUGUUUGGGUGGUUUUAGUUAAGGCAGACACUGUUUUUUUUUCACCUGUGUGGUUUUGACAAAGAUUAGAUCACAUUUGAUGGGGAUUUCAUGCAUAAAUGUGAGAAAUUCCAAAAGGUUCAGAUACUUUUUCAUAUCACUGUUUGUAAACGGUAACAAAAGUAGUGUAGUUCAAAGUAUACAGUGGUACCUCUACUUAUGAAAUUGAUUGGUUCUGGAAGUAGUUUUGAAACUUGAAAAUUCUGUAAGUAGAAACGCGUUUUCCAUGUAAAUGCCCUAAUCCGUUCCAUGCCCCCCAAAAUUCAGACAUAAAUCUUUUAUAUUGGAUAAAAAUGCAUCUUACGAUUAGAUUAUUUCACGAUAAACAUAAAAUCAGAGUUGUGCAUAAAAUAAAAAAACAAGAAUAGAGUAAAGAAUAAAAGUUAAUACACUCAUUUAAAGGUGUCAGAACACGAGGGGCGAAUGAAGAGGACGCUGGGAUUUGCACAUACACAUACAGUAGAGUUUGCUUUUAGCCAAUUGGUUGGCAGGGACGCUAGGCAAUAGCCAAUGUCAGAGUAGCUAUAUGCAUGUUACAUUCAGUAAACUCUGGGAGCUGCGAGUACCAGCCAUACUGUAUUUUUGCCUUUCGUAUCCUGAAAUUUCUUUCGUUAAAAGAGGCAAUAUUUUCCCCCUUGAGGCGUGUCUUAACCUGAAAAUUCUGUAUGUAGAGAUGUUUGUAAGUAGAGGUACGAUUAUACUGCUUCACAAAUCUAUGGGGUGGUAAAAAUACUCUUUGUACAUUUUUCUCAAAAUAUAGUCAAGUAAAUGUAAAUCAUUACUACCAAACUCCGGUUUAAACCCAAAUGACACAAUAAUACACAGCACAGUUUUCAUGUCUUUUCACAUACAGAGGACCUGAACCCAAAAAGUGGAGCAACAUCCGCUCUGCUCUCAAUUUGAAAUGCAAUUUUUUUUUUUUUCUUAAUGAAUUUUUGGAGCAUCUUUUCUGUUCUCGGGCCAAAUCAUCUCACAUCAAAUCAGUUUUGGUUGUGCAUGGGAAACAAAUGUAAGUUUCAAUUCAUUGUAUCCCCAUUCAAUGAGUUAAACUUGAAUGUUUUGCCACUGUAAAAUACGUUUUAAUACAACAGGGAAUGUUGUACUUAAAUAUAUUUUCUUGAUUUUAGUUAUAAAAAUUUCAAAAUGAAAUAUUAAAAUGAUUUACAGUACUUUGUUGAUUCUUUGAUGUGUAUUUUGUUCCCCCCAAAUAAUCAUAAUCUUAUAAUGCAGACUUUUAUCAAGACUGUAAGGCAAGGGCGUAGGUUCGCAUAGGGACGGUAGGGACAUAACACUACCAACUUUUUAGGAUGUUGAAAUUGUCCCCACCAACUUUUAAGCAACCUUAUAUGCAUUAUAUAAUGAGUUCAGUUAUAUAGGUUAUUUAGAUUAUCUUCCCAUAUGUUGUAAGAAUAGA